UGAGAUGGUACCAUUCUGACAGUUACAGUUCAAGCUUUCCGCCUUUUUAACCAAAAAACGAUGGCGUCUCCGGAAGGUUUAGGAGUUACAACGGGGCAACCCAACCUUUAUAAACAAGAUUUAUCAAAACUAGAUGUAACGAAGCUAACUGCGCUUUCGCCGGAGGUUAUUAGCAGACAAGCAACGAUAAAUAUGGGGACCAUUGGGCAUGUAGCCCAUGGAAAAAGCACUGUUGUUAAAGCAAUAUCGGGGGUACAAACGGUUAGGUUUAAAAAUGAACUUGAGCGUAAUAUCACUAUUAAAUUAGAGAGGUUGCAGUUUGAUGAAAACGGACAAGUAAUCAUGCCGCGGAAGAGUGUUGAAUCAACGAGACGGAAUGGAUUCUUGCACGGCAAAGAAAACCACCAAAAUAACAAGAACGGGCGUCGAUUGAGUGGAACGUACAAUGGUAUAAGUUGUAAUGGUAAACGUAAACGAGAUGACGAAGAAAAAGAGUACGAUGAAACUAGAUCGAAAAAAAGGAAAAUUAAAAAUAGCACCAAAUCAGUUUUUGCAAGAGAAUAUGUGGUUGAAGAAAUACUACAACACCGAUUUAAGAAUAAUCAUCACGAAUUUUUGGUAAAAUGGGAAGGAUUCGAUGUAAACUUGAGUACUUGGGAGCCGAUUGAGCAUUUAGAACACGCCCCGAACAUUCUAAAAUCCUUUUUAUGUUCCCACAUCAAAGAAAAUUACAACAAAUUAAGCACCAUGCUAAAUUUGUUGGAUCCGAAACGAUCAAUGCUUCAUUUCAUCGCCAAAAACGGAAUUGCAAACGUCCCCGACCAAAUCGCAUCAAGUAAAGUCUUAUUAAACGUUUUACACAAAAAUAAAUCAAAUUUUAACGAACAAAAAGUAGCACUUUAUCACUUUUUAGCAAUGGAAAGACGUACUAAACAGUUAGAAUUAUUAAAAUCUUGGGAAAAUCAAAUUAAUGCGAUAGCGAACGAACCGGCUUUAAUUAAAAUCGAAAACGACGUUGAUUUAGAAUACCCCCCAAAAGAUUUUCAAUACAUUAAUUCGAGAAUUUUCUCGAAUGGGAUAACCCCAUUAACGAAAAUUAAACGAAAAUGUAGUUGUAACCCGUGUAAUGGAAACAGCAUUAAUUGUUGUGGAGUUCACAUCGAAAAAAAGCACUAUUUUCAAUACAAAUUUAAAAGAAUGAAUAUGCCACCGGGUUGCCCCAUUUACGAAUGCAACAAUAAUUGUGAUUGUGACUCAAAUUGUAACAAUCGAGUGUUACAACACGGUCGUCACGUCCCUUUAGCUAUAUUUCGAACUAAUACCGGUUGCGGUUGGGGAGUUAAAACUUUAAAAAAUAUCACUCGAGGUGAGUUUAUUUGCGAAUACGUCGGGGAGGUUAUAUCGCACGAUGAAGCCGAAAAGAGAGGGAAAAUUUACGAUUCUCGGGGAAGAACUUACUUAUUCGAUUUAGAUUAUAACUCAUCGGAUAAUCCCUACACCGUGGACGCCGCGAAAUUCGGAAACGUCUCUCAUUUUAUAAAUCAUUCGUGCGAACCGAACAUCGGGGUUUGGGCCGUUUGGGUCGAUUGUUUAGAUCCGAAUUUGCCGCGAUUAGGGUUGUUCGCUUUGAGAUCGAUCGCGAAAAAUCAAGAAUUAACCUUCGAUUAUCGCAUGAACAACGGCGAUCCUAAAUCGCCGAAUCGACAGAAAGUGAUUGAAGAAAACCUGGCUAAUAUGAAGAAGAUUUUGUGCAAAUGUAACGCUAAGAAGUGUAGGAAAUAUUUGUUUUGUUAGUUUUAAUGUGUAAAUUAAUUUUUUUUAAUAGUCGUGUCGU